AUGGCGUCCAGACCCGAGCUCAAGCUCGAUGACGAGGGCGGCUUCAUUCGCUUCUUCAAGUCUCUCCCCGCCGUCGGCGACGACACGAUCCGCAUCUUCGACAGAGGGGACUGGUACACAGCCCACGCGCAAGAUGCCACCUUCAUCGCCAAGACGGUCUACAAGACAACCUCUGUGGUUAGGCAGCUUGGCCGCAGCGACCACACCGGCCUCUUGUCCGUCUCAAUGACCAUCACUGUCUUCCGCCAGUUCCUCCGCGAAGCCCUCUUCAAGCUCGGCAAGCGCAUCGAGAUAUGGGAGAGCCCCUCCGGGCGCAUGAACUGGAAGUGCACCAAGCAAGCGUCUCCUGGAAACCUGCAGGACGUCGAGGACGACCUCGGCGGCCAGAUUGAUUCGGCCCCCAUGAUCAUGGCGGUCAAGAUCUCGGCCAAGGCCUCCGAGGCCCGCUGCGUCGGCGUCUGCUUUGCCGAUGCCAGCGUUCGCGAACUCGGCGUGAGCGAGUUCCUCGACAACGAUCUUUACUCCAACUUCGAGUCUCUCCUCAUCCAGCUCGGCGUCCGCGAGUGCCUCGUCCAGCUCGAUAAGGGCGACAAGGACAAGGACCCAGAACUGGCCAAGCUGCGGCAAAUCCUCGACAACUGCGGCGUCGCCAUCGCCGAGCGCCCUGCCGCCGACUAUGCCACCCGUGACAUCGAGCAGGACCUGGCCCGUCUGCUCAAGGACGACAGGGCUGCCACCUUGCUCCCGCAGACAGACUUGAAGCUCGCCAUGGGCUCUGCCUCGUCCCUCAUCAAGUACCUCGGCGUCUUGCAGGACCCGUCCAACUUUGGCCAGUACCAGCUCUACCAGCACGACCUGGCCCAGUACAUGAAGCUGGACGCCGCCGCCCUCAAGGCCCUCAACCUCAUGCCCGGCCCGCGCGACGGCUCCAAGACCAUGAGUCUCUACGGCGUCCUCAACCACUGCAAGACACCGGCCGGCAGCCGCCUGCUGGCCCAGUGGCUCAAGCAGCCCCUGAUGAGCAAGCCCGAGAUUGAGAAGCGGCAGCAGCUCGUCGAGGCCUUCUUCUGCGACACCGAGCUUCGCCAGACGAUGCAAGAGGAGCACCUGCGCUCCAUCCCCGAUCUCUACCGCCUCGCCAAGCGCCUCCAGCGCGGCAAGGCCAACCUCGAGGACGUGGUGCGGGCCUACCAGGUCGUCAUCCGCCUCCCCGGCUUCAUCGGCACCUUUGAGGGCGUCAUGGACGAGGCCUACCGCGAUCCGCUCGACGAGGCCUACACGGCCAAGCUGCGCGACCUCUCCGACAGCCUGGGCCGCUUCCAGGACAUGGUGGAGCAGACGGUCGACCUCGCCGCCCUCGACCGCCACGAGUACAUCAUCAAGCCCGAGUACGACCAGAGCCUGCGCAUCAUCCGCCGGAAGCUCGAUAAGCUCGACAGCGACAUCCGGCAAGAGUUUACGGACGCGGCGCGGGACCUGGACCAGGAACCCGACAAGAAGAUCUUCCUCGAGACGGGCCACAAGGUGCACGGCGUAUGCAUGCGCCUGACGCGACAGGAGGCCGGCUGCAUCCGCAACAAGGCGCGCUACCAGGAGUGCUCGACGCAGAAGAACGGCGUCUACUUUACGACCAAGAAGAUGCAGGCCUACCGCCGCGAGCAUGACCAGCUGUCGCAAAAUUACAACCGCACCCAGAGCAGCCUCGUUAACGAGGUGGUCAACGUCGCGGCCUCGUACUGCCCCGUGCUCGAGAGGCUGGCCGGCGUACUCGCGCACCUCGACGUCGUCGCCUCGCUGGCCCACGCCUCGCUGCACGCGCCCGAGGCCUACGUCCGCCCCACGAUGCACGCCCGCGGCGAGGGCCAGACGAGGCUCGUCGGGGCGCGGCACCCGUGCAUGGAGCUGCAGGACGACGUGCAGUUCAUCACAAAUGACGUGGAGCUCGAGCGCGCCUCGUCGUCGUUCCUCAUCAUCACGGGGCCCAACAUGGGCGGCAAGUCGACCUUUAUCCGCCAGGCCGGCGUCAUCGCCCUCAUGGCGCAGGUUGGGUGCUUUGUGCCCUGCGCCGAGGCGGAGCUGACCAUCUUCGACUCGAUCCUCGCGCGCGUUGGCGCCAGCGACUCGCAGCUCAAGGGGGUCUCGACCUUCAUGGCCGAGAUGCUCGAGACGGCAAACAUCCUCAAGUCGGCCACGAGCGAGUCGCUCAUCAUAAUCGACGAGCUGGGGCGCGGCACCUCGACCUACGACGGCUUCGGCCUGGCCUGGGCCAUCUCGGAGCACAUUGUCGAGCAGAUUGGCUGCUUCGCCAUGUUCGCCACCCACUUCCACGAGCUGACGGCCCUCGCCGACCGCCACCCGCAGGUGCGCAACCUCCACGUCACGGCGCACAUUGGCGGCACCGGUGCCGACGCCGAUGGCCCCUCGGGCAGCAAGCGCGAGGUGACGCUGCUGUACAAGGUGGAGCCGGGCAUCUGCGACCAGAGCUUCGGCAUCCACGUGGCCGAGCUGGUGCGCUUCCCGGACAAGGUGGUGCGCAUGGCCAAGCGCAAGGCCGACGAGCUCGAGGACUUUACCACCAAGCACGAGGACCAGGCCCAGGCCGCCUACACAAAGGACGACGUCGAGCAGGGCAGCGCCAUGCUCAAGCAGCUGCUCGUCCGCUGGAAGGACCAGGUCGCCGGCGCCGGUGACUUGUCCCCCGGCGAGCAGGUGGCCAAGCUCAAGGAGCUCGUUGCCGCAGACACCGACUUGCUGGCCAAUCCCUUUUUCCAGUCGGUCAAGGCAUUGUGA